UUUAAACUGUCAGUCACACAAAAAAUGAGUAAGGGGAAAAAAGUCUGCAAAAUGUUUGUUUCGUUCGUCGUGCUUCGUGGUAUUUAUUUUCUCUAAAAGUGGAAUUAUAUACUUUAUGAAUGUAUGAUGAAUUUCUUUCUAGUGGUGAAAUUAAGUGAAAUGUUUUAUCGUGACAAUUCGUAAUCAUAAUAUUUACUAAACAAAGUUGAACUAUUUACAUUGCUGUUAUCAUGGAAUCCUUCUUUAAUAUCAAGUGGAAAUGGGAAGAUAUGUGUGGACCGACGGGUCUACAACCAUGGAACGACGUGACAAAGGACUUCGGACAUUGUUUUCAAGAAUUGUUCUUACAAAUACCCGUGUACUUCAUAAUUACCAUCGUCUCUGGUUAUUAUGUAGGCUACAGAAGAGAUUGGGUCGUCAGAGAGAAGAUGCAAGAGCGAGCGAUUAUUUUACGAAGUUUUGUAGUGCUCUUUCUUCUGUUUAUUCCUAUAGUUCAGAUAUAUUUCAUCAUAACCAAAGCGGACUCUGUUUUCUAUCCUGUUGAUUACUUUGUUGCUGGAUCAUCGUGUCUGGCGUGGUUGGUGCACUUUGGUUAUGUAUUGGCCUUAAAACAUCGCCUAGGUUCUAGUGCGCGAGGUCCGACCAUACAGCUAGUGUUAUGGAGUAUGUUGGUAGUGCUGAAUGUUAUUGCUCUUCGGAGCAGUAUUCUGACUGGGGCAGCCUACACCUACAUUGUUGCUGCGCUUUGUGGUCAUGUUUUGUAUUUCUUUACACUUUUACCAUCAAGCGACUCAAGGCCGACUUUUUAUUCACCUUGCCUUGUGGGUUCACAACAUUCACAUAGCGAGUACACUCCCCUCCUGCCCCACAUGGAUGAAGGUAUUUUGGGAACUGCUAUGCAGGGAUCUGGCUGUUUCUCAAAAUUGACAUUAUCUUGGUUAAAUCCCUUGCUUGACAAAGGUUUAGAAAACAAAUUAAAUGACCCUGAAGAACUUUUUGACAUACCUGCCAAGUACCGCUGCUCCUAUGUGGCAGCAAGAAUGGACCAUGCUCUUGUGGGCAAUGUGGACCAGUACCAACAAUAUGCAGAGGUGCCACAUCAGCCAUUUAUUGCAUCAGGAUAUGGCUCAGUAGGAGAAACUGUGCCACAAUCUUCAACUCCCGUGACGCCAACAUCGCGAGUCCUGGUGCGGCCGCAGCGUCGGCAGAAUGUGUCGCUGCUGCGCGCCUUGCACUCCUGCUUUGCUUUUCAGUUCUACAGCAUUGGCAUCCUGAAGCUUGUAUCUGACAUGGCAGGGUUUGCAGGACCUAUUUUGUUGAACAGAUUGGUUGCCUUUGUCCAAGAUGAGAGCAUUGACGAACAUUUGGGGUACACCUAUGCUGCUGGUCUCUUGGUAGCUACAUUAGUAUCCACAUUCUUUAUUGUGCAUUUCAACUGGUUAAUGUCAUUGGUUGGGCUUAAAAUGCGUGGGGCGAUUGUCUCUACUAUCUUGAGAAAAACUCUGAGCGUGACAUCUACCGUGUUGUCCAAAGAAUUUAGUGUCGGUGAAAUAACGAACUUCAUGUCGACAGACACAGACAGAAUUAUCAACUCUUGUCCCAGUUUUCAUGCUCUGUGGAGUAUCCCCCUUCAGUUGGUUAUCACAUUGGUUCUGCUAUAUCAGCAAGUUGGCAUAUCUUUCCUGGCUGGAGUAGCAUUUUCUGUUGUUUUGAUACCCAUCAAUAAAGUCAUAGCAAACAAAAUCGGCCAACUCAGCACUGAAAUGAUGAAACACAAGGAUGCCCGCGUUAGUUUGAUUAGCGACAUAUUGAAAGGGAUUCGAACAAUAAAGGUUCAUGUUUGGGAGGAUUAUUUCUUGAGACGAGUAUCUGUGGUUCGAGCGCAGGAGCUGAAGUAUUUGCGCCUGCGCAAGUACUUGGACGCCAUUUGCGUGGUGCUGUGGGCCACGACGCCGGUCAUGGUGGCGGCUCUGACGCUCGGCACGCACGCGCUGCGCGGACAACCUCUGGACGCACCCACCGUUUUUACUACUGUAGCACUUAUCAACAUGCUGAUUUCACCAUUAAAUGCAUUCCCAUGGGUGCUCAAUGGACUCACAGAGGCGUGGGUCUCGAUAAAACGUAUUCAGAAACUUCUCGACCUUUCAGAUAGUGAUUACGAAGAUUAUUACGAUAGAGUGAAUACAAACAGAGAUGAGGAUAAAGUUAUCAUAUUUAAAAACGCCUCAUUUACAUGGGCGAAACCGUCACAAAAACCAAAACCUACUCCAAAGAAAAGAAAAAAUAAAGGAAAGUCAAAGAAAAAGUUAUCAAGAGUGAGCAUUCAAAGACGCGAUUCAUCUUCUUCCGCAGAGGCAGGGACACUAGAUAGUCCCUUUACAUUAAACGAUAUUUCCCUUGAGAUUGGUAGGGAAGAUUUAAUAGGCAUUACAGGAAAAGUCGGCAGUGGGAAGACUUCCCUAUUAAUGGCUAUAAUCGGGGAAAUGAUAAAGAAGGACGGUGAUAUACAAAUACCAGAGAAUCUGAAUGGUUUUGGAUACGUUUCUCAGAAGCCAUGGUUAAUACGCGGCACAAUCCGAGAUAACAUAAUAUUUGGGAAACCAUAUGAUGAAACUAAAUUUAGGACAGUCGUGGAUGCCUGCGCCCUUACAGAGGACCUGAACAUUCUCGGAUGGAAUGCUUACGUCGGAGAAGGCGGCUGCACGCUAAGCGGCGGCCAGCGGGCGCGGAUAUCGCUGGCGCGCGCUGUCUAUCAUGAGAAACAAGUGUACUUGCUGGACGACGUGCUGGCGGGGCUGGACGGCGCGGUGGCGGCGCACGUGAUGCAGCGCUGCGUGCUGGGGCUGCUGCGGCGCGCCACCCGCGUGCUCGUGUCGCACUCGCACCGCCACCUCGUGCGCGCCUCCGCCGUCUGCGUCAUGCACGAGGGCCGCAUCGUGCGACAAGGUCCUCCCGAAACCGUAUUGCACAACCUGGAAGAGUUUAUGCCGAGCGAGACUGAAUCUAUUGGUGAAGAACCGCCGCGCGCGCUUGACACGCCACAACGGAGCCAAGACGACAAUGUCAGCCGAAACAGCCUGGAAGACGAGGAAGCAAUGUCGCAAGGAACUGUGAGCUGGUGGGUCAUCAGAUUGUACCUCCGAUCGGUUGGGAUCAUCCUAACCAUUGUUAUUCUCAUGUCGCUGGUGCUGAUGCAAGUCUCACAAAACUUCACAUUCCUAUGGCUCACGUUCUGGGUCAAGGACAGACCCAGCAACUCCACAAACGCUACUCAUUUUGUUGAAAAUAUGGACGUCCCUCAUGAAAACACGACAUUGAUAGAUCAUGGGUUUUAUGCCGUUGACAAUAUUGUUCAUACGCUGAUAAAUACUACUUUAGCGUUAGUGUAUAACAUGAGCAAUAACGAUACGUCAGUAGCCAAUAAAACUAAUGAGAAUAUAUUGAGGCCAAUGGAAAUGCAAGUAGACGCUGUGCCAAGUUACAGCAACAAUUUUUACCUGGAAAUGUAUUUCGCUCUGGCGGGCAUCAAUCUCGUGUUCACAAUAAUGCGCGCAUUCCUCUUCGCGUAUGGAGGCGUGAAAGCUGCGCAGCGUAUACACAGGAUGCUUUUAAAGACUAUUAUAAAGGCAAAGGUGAAGUUUUUUGACAUGACUCCAUUGGGUCGCAUUUUAAAUAGAUUCUCUUCCGACACAUACACCGUAGACGACUCGCUGCCCUUCAUUCUGAACAUUUUGCUGGCUCAAACCUUCUCACUGAUAGGUGCCGUGACGGUGACGGUGUACGGGCUGCCGUGGCUGCUGGCGGCGCUGCUGCCGCUGCUGCUGCUAUACCACCGCCUGCAGCGCCGCUACCGCGCCGCCUCGCGCCAGCUGCGCCGCCUGCAGAGCGUCACGCUGUCGCCCGUCUACACGCACUUCAACGACACGCUCGAGGGGUUGACAAUAAUCCGCGCGAUGAGCGCGAGCGGGCGCUGGGCGGACGCGGGCGACGAGCUGGUGGAGGGCUGGCAGCGCGCGGCGCUGUGCGCGGCCGGCGCCGCACAGUGGCUGGCGCUGCGCCUGCAGGCCGGCGCCGCCGCCGUCGUGGCCGCCGCCGCCGCGCUGGCCGUGCUGCAGCGAGCCGUGCACGCCGCGGACCCAGGUCUGGUGGGUCUCGCCAUAUCGUACGCGCUGUCGAUGACGUCAAUGCUCAGCGGCGUCCUCAAUGCCUUCACUGAGACUGAGAGGGAGAUGAUCGCCGUCGAGAGAGUCGGCGAAUACAUAACACAGGUUGAGAGCGAAACGAUAAGUGGGGAUGCACCGCCGUAUGGUUGGCCGUCUCAAGGCGUGAUAGAAUUCAAAAAUGUAUCACUAAAAUACAGUAAUCGUGACAGCGGCACACUCGCGCUAAACGACGUGUCGUUCUCGAGUUGGCCGAGCGAGAAGAUGGCUGUGGUCGGGCGCACCGGAUCCGGCAAGAGCUCGAUGCUGCAGGCCAUAUUGAGGCUUGUGCCCUUGACGCAAGGGCAAAUUGUGAUUGACGGUGUCGACCUUUCCAAGCUUAAUUUACAAGCUCUAAGGUCGCGCAUCGGCGUGAUUCCGCAGGAGCCGUUCAUCUUCGCGGGCAGCAUCCGCGAGAAUGUUGACCCGCUGCAAGUGUAUUUGGACUCGGAGCUGUGGCGUGCCUUAGAGCUGUGCGGAGCGCGCGCGUAUGUAGUCGCGCGCGGAGGGCUGGACGCGCCCGCUGACGGGCUCGCACGCGGCCACGCGCAGCUGCUGUGCCUGGCGCGCGCGCUGCUGCAGCGAGCUAAGUGCGCGCGCGCGCUCGUGCUGGGACAGGGCCGCGUGCUGGAGUUCGACGUGCCAGCGCGCGCGCUCGACGACCCCACCUCGCAUCUGUACGCGCUACUCUACGCGCAUUGAUGUCCCUACCGGGAGAGCAUACGGUGUACGUUACCUUUUAUAACUUUACUUAUCCCGCGUUUACACUAUCGAGCACGCCAUUCGCCUUAUGACUCGCGAAACA